UCCUAAAUACUUAUAAAGUUCCUUUUUUUUUCUCUCUCUCUUUAAAGUCGCCGGCGACGACAUAGAGAAGAACUUCCUCUCCUCACACUGCAACUAGAGAGAUGAAGGUUGUGGCUUUAGUGAGUGGUGGCAAAGAUAGCUGCUAUGUUAUGAUGAAAUGUAUCCAGUACGGUCACGAGAUCGUUGCAUUGGCGAACUUGUUACCGGUUGAUGAUUCGGUUGAUGAGCUGGACAGCUACAUGUAUCAAACUGUAGGCCACCAGAUUAUUGUGAGCUAUGCAGAAUGCAUGAAUGUGCCAUUGUUCAGAAGAAGAAUCCGCGGUUCUUCCAGGCAUCAGAAACUUAGCUACCAAAUGACUCAAGGCGAUGAAGUGGAAGAUAUGUUUGUGUUGUUAAGUGAAGUGAAGAGACAGAUACCUUCCAUCACUGCAGUAUCUUCUGGCGCCAUUGCAUCAGACUACCAACGUCUGCGUGUGGAAAGUAUCUGUUCACGGUUAGGUCUUGUUUCUUUGGCGUUUUUGUGGAAACAAGACCAGACUUUGCUUCUUCAGGAAAUGAUAGCUAAUGGAAUCAAAGCUAUUCUAGUCAAGGUGGCGGCAAUAGGGUUGGAUCCCUCAAAGCAUUUAGGGAAAGACUUAGCCUUCAUGGAACCACAUCUUUUGAAGUUGAAAGAGUUAUAUGGAAGUAAUGUUUGCGGUGAAGGAGGAGAAUAUGAGACUUUGACUCUCGAUUGCCCGCUUUUCACUAAUGCGAGAAUCGUGCUUGAUGAAUUUGAAGUUAAGCUACACUCUCCAGACUCUAUUGCACCUGUUGGAGUUCUUCAUCCAACGAUCUUCCAUCUCGAAAAGAAGGGAAAUGCAGACUCUAAUUCGGUUGAAGAGGAGCCAGGAUUGGUGUUUGAGGUACAAGGAGAUGGUCCUAACACACCAGAAUCUACCUGCCAACUAGAUAAUGGAAUCGUUGAACAUACAAGAACCAGAGUUAACUUAUCAAAGACCGGGAAAGAAAACACAUUCUCCAUCUGCUGCUGGCUUGAAGAAGAUUCUAGUGAAUCUUCAACAGGUCUGAAAGAAGAUCUUGAGACUGUUCUUACAGAAAUUGAGACUCAGAUAUUGAAACAUGGACUUAACUGGCAGAAUGUCUUAUACAUACAUCUUUACAUCUCCGAUAUGACUGAAUUUGCUGUGGCGAAUGAGACUUAUGUGAAGUUCAUCACACAAGAGAAGUGCCCUUUUGGUGUUCCUUCACGUAGUACAAUAGAACUUCCUUUGGUACAAGCUGGUCUUGGUAAAGCUUACGUUGAGGUUUUAGUCGCCAAUGACCACAGCAAAAGGGUUCUCCAUGUACAGAGCAUCUCUUCCUGGGCACCUAGCUGCAUUGGACCUUAUAGUCAGGCUACUUUGCACAAGGGUGUACUUCACAUGGCUGGACAGUUAGGGCUUGACCCUCCCACGAUGAAUCUUCGAAACGAAGGCGCAAUUGCUGAGCUGAAUCAAGCAUUGACGAACAGUGAGGCGAUAGCUGAGGCUUUUAGAUGCUCCAUCACUUCAUCAGCUAUUCUCUUUGUGGUAUUCUGUUCAGCACGCACAGAGCAAUCAGAGAGGAACCAACUUCAUGAAAAGUUUGUUUCCUUCUUGGAUUUGGCAAAGUCUUCUCAGAGGGUAUCGAGGACACUCGACCCUAUUUUCCUUUACAUCCUCGUUCCCGAUCUUCCCAAAAGGGCUCUUGUUGAAGUAAAACCUGUCUUAUACGUUGAAGAAGAUACAGAGACCGAUGAUGAAACCAGGAAAGAUCAAUUGUGUGAAGGAGACUACAGUUGUUGGGGAUAUAAGCCAGAGAAAUGGCACCAAGACUGUAUGCAGACACGAGUUAUUGAUGGGAAAAUAUGUGUGACUGUUCUCUCCAUCUCUGCCGAAGUGAUGAGGAAGCUACAUGAACCAUCCGGUGAUGAAGAUCAACAACUGGAGAGAAUACCGAGAUUCUGUGUGUAUCUUCUCAACAAAACCUUGUCUGAAAAUUCAUUCUCUUGGCAAGACACAACGAGCUUAAGAAUACACUUCUCUACAAGUCUUGGUGUGUCCCUAAAGAGAUUAUCUGACAUGUUUGAAACUGCAUUCAAAGAGCUUAACGAGAUGAGUCACGGAGUUACAUUCAGCGGCCUGAAAGAACCUAUAUUCAAUCUGGUUCCGGUCCUUGGUGCUGGAAACACUUCUGCUUCGCUCGACAACAUCAUCACCUGUGAACUAUGUUCCCUAAGGUCAUAACCUUCCUUACCGCACAAGGAACACAAGCUUUGCCUUUCUUGACUUUUUUUAAGCAGGCUUAUCCUCUUCAAUGAGUUUCCACGGACGACGUUUGUUUGCAGUGGGGAGCCUCGUGAACGGCUAUAAUGUUUUGGAAGUCUUGUUUUACUUCGAAAGAACAACACGUAGUUGUUUUGUUUCAAAUGAAAACGCAAUGAUGUUUUGUUUGUGAACCUAAGGAAAAGAAAAAUAUUGUUUGCUUUC